AUGAACUUGAAGCAGUUCACGUGUCUAUCAUGCGCUCAACUACUCGCUAUUUUGCUCUUCAUAUUUGCCUUUUUUCCUAGAAAAAUCGUGCUGACAGGUAUAGCAAAGCAGGAUCCGGACCAAGAUCGUGAUCUCCAGCAAAACAGGCCUUUUCAGAAAUUGGUGUUUGUGAUUAUUGACGCUCUCAGAUCGGACUUUCUUUUUGAUUCUCAGAUAUCCCAUUUCAACAACGUGCACCAAUGGCUCAAUACGGGCGAAGCAUGGGGUUACACGUCGUUCGCCAAUCCGCCCACCGUGACGCUGCCUAGACUCAAAAGUAUUACUACAGGAUCUACUCCUAGUUUCAUAGAUUUGCUGCUGAAUGUAGCGCAGGACAUAGACUCCAACGAUCUUUCGGAACACGACUCCUGGCUGCAGCAGUUCAUCCAGCAUAAUAACACAAUUCGCUUCAUGGGCGAUGACACCUGGCUGAAACUGUUCCCACAGCAAUGGUUUGAUUUCACUGACCCGACACAUUCCUUUUUUGUGAGUGAUUUCACUCAAGUCGAUAACAAUGUGACGAGGAAUUUGCCCGGGAAGUUAUUUCAGGAAUGGGCCCAGUGGGACGUGGCUAUUCUACAUUACUUGGGUCUUGACCAUAUUGGUCAUAAAGAUGGGCCGCACUCGAAGUUUAUGGCCGCGAAACACCAAGAAAUGGACAGCAUCCUGAAGUCUAUAUAUGACCAAGUGCUGGAACAUGAAAAUGACGACGAUACAUUGAUUUGUGUUCUUGGCGACCAUGGCAUGAACGAAUUGGGUAACCAUGGUGGCUCUUCAGCUGGGGAAACAUCAGCAGGGUUGUUAUUCUUGUCACCUAAGUUAGCUCAGUUCGCUAAGCCAGAAUCGCAGGUAAACCACACGUUGCCCAUCAAUGCUGGCCCGGACUACGAUUUCCAGUAUUUAGAGACUGUUCAACAAAUUGACAUCGUCUCCACCAUAGCAGCCCUGUUUGGUAUGCCAAUACCCAUGAAUAGUGUUGGGAUCAUCAUACAUGACUUCCUACAAUUGCUGCCUAAUAAGCUGGCAAGUAUGAAAGAGAAUUUCAUGCAUUUGUGGAAAUUAUCUGACCACCACGACGGCGUUGCUCUCGACGAGUUAACUAUUGAUGAUAUUUAUACAAAGAUGUACAAUAUUCAAGAAACAUUAACCAAGUCUGCAACAAAUUAUAAUUAUCCACUUUUGGCAUUAGCUUUUUUCGGUUUCCUUAUCAUAACAGCUAUUGCCGUUUAUGGAUUACAACGUUAUUCUGGACCUAAUUUUUGGCAAUUGCGCAUUUCCUCCUUUUCUGUUUUGUUACUUUCCAUUAUACUGGGUAUUUCCACAUUCGCAAGCAGUUUCAUUGAAGAGGAACACCAAUUGUGGUGGUGGAUAGUAACUGCAUCCUCGGUAGUUCCUCUCUUCGCAUACCAAUUGAAUGUAUUUAUAAUUGUACGUUGGGUUAUAAUGAUGGCAUGUGUUCGUUUGAUCAAGUUUUGGAAUAAUAGUGGCCAGAAAUUCAUAUAUUCUAAUGUUAUGUCUAAUAUACUUAAUCAGAACCCUUUCUGGAAGUGGUGUUUGAAUAUGUUGACAUUUCUAGCGCUGAUAAUGGCGUCUGCUCGGUCUCAAGCACUACAUUUCAUUGUCACCACUAUCUUAGUCGGGUUGUGUUUCACGUACAAAAUCUCAUGGGAAAUUGUCAAUGGCAACCAGGCUGAAAUACCGCCCUUUAUGCAUGAUUUAUUGAUGAAGAUAGACUUUGUCCCGACUGAAAAUAACUUAAUUGUACUUGCACGCGUUUUCUUCCAAGCUUGGGCCAUUGUUGUCAUUUCAAGAUUGGUUUUGACGAAAUUAAAAGUACUAAACAAAAACUAUCUUAUUGAAGAUAUGAAAGUAUACAUAACAAUACUUUUGAUUUUACAAACUUCAUCUCAAAAUAUCGGUCAAUUUAUCGUUUUCCAAAUUUUAGAGUCCCAAAUUUGUUAUUUUUUCGAAAAUCUUCCAACUUCUUCGUUAACGUCACCAACUAAGAUUUAUCUGUCAAACCUAGUCUCCUUAAUUUUACAAAAUUUUACUUUUUUCCAAUUCGGCGGUACAAAUUCUAUUUCUACUAUAGAUCUCGGAAACGCAUACCAUGGUGUUUCUUCAGACUACAACAUCUACGUAGUGGGAAUAUUAAUGUCCGUUGCAAAUUUCGCGCCGGCAAUAUACUGGUCCAUGCUACCGUGGUCAAUAAACUAUGGCUCCAUUUCAUCACAAGCUAAAUUGCAAACUUUUAUCAGAAGCAAAUUACCUGCCUUUACCUAUCACUGCAUCUUUGGAACUUGUUUGAUGACGGCAUGUAUCUUUUUAAGAUUCCAUCUUUUUAUUUGGUCCGUUUUCAGUCCAAAAUUAUGUUAUUUUCUUGGGUGGAAUUUUGUUAUGGGUUUGCUGAAUGGGUGGUUACCUGAACUGACCGUUCUCUUCGCUCUUGAUUAG